AUGUCCCACAAAAAACGCAAGACGCUUUCGAAAACUGAAAGCGAGGAACUACAGAUACUAAAGGCUGACAAAAACAUUGUUAUACUUCCAGCUGACAAAGGGCGGUCGACACUCAUUCUAAACAAGGGAGACUACGUCAAGAAAGUCGAGACCCUUUUGGGUGAUAGGACUGCCUGCAUACCUCGGGAACGUGACGCGAUGAAGACGCUAAUAAGCAGCAUCAACAAGGCUCUGACAAGCCUCUGGAAGUCAAAGCCAUAA